AGGUGUGUCUCCGGCUGAACAAGCAGACGCCUCUCGCAUAAAUACUCAACACAGCUGAGGUGAUGAUCAGACGCACCAAAUUAUAGAGCUGUGUUUUGUUCUCAGACUUUUUUCCCGCAGAGUUACUUUCGGUUUACGUGAACGUGCUGUGCUGCCGUGGAGAGAGGAAAGAAAGAGAAAAAGUAGUCCCCGGCUGUCAUUAGAUUCCCCAAUCAGCAGAAUUGGCAUCAGGUGUGAAUUAAUGUCUGUUAUUUCCCCGCAUAUAUAUUGCCCAGUGUUUGUUCCCGGCCGAGAUAUGACUGAGGUGAUGAUCAACAGCACCCCCAUGGAGGACAUGAGGCUCAGCCCCAGCAAGGACAGACUCUCCUUUCAGAUCUUCCCGGACCCCUCAGACUUUGAGCGCUGCUGUAAACUCAAAGAUCGUCUGCCAUCCAUCGUGGUUGAGCCGACAGAGGGAGAAGUCGAGAGUGGGGAGCUUCGCUGGCCUCCAGAGGAGUUUCUGGUCAGUGAAGAAGAGGAGGAGGAGGAGGAAGAAGAGGAGGAGCAGAAUAAUGGCAACAUCCAAAAUGGGCAGCCAACACAGAAUUCUCAGCAGUAGAGGCUGUGUUGCAGCACCCAUACUGCCCCAUUUCCUCUUUCUUUCUGAUAGACUGUCUUUUCCUGGUUACACUGCACCUCAGCACUCCCAACAAGCUGGCAGACACGGAUUCAGUGUUGCGAUGCCAUCUCGUUGCCCUUGACACCAAAGCCAUCAAUCCCAAAAGAGAAGCAAUACACCCAGGCGACACACUCUCACACAAUAACUUGUCCUCCUGGACUUCAAACCCACAAAACCGGACUUGAAAAGGACUGACAUGCACAACCAAACCAUGCCCACCACCAUGUGUGUGUCUCAGCCCAGAACAGAUGUCAUGUUGGACAGCGGCAGCUCGGUGCUCCAUGGACAGCUCUUACACUGCAGGGGGCUGCAACUGCUCUGUGCUUUACUCCAAAAUGGCUGGCGUCAUGACCCCAGAGAUUUCAUACUGGCAUACAGAUUUAUUGUGGUUCCCGUGGAGAUUAUCGUCUACAGUAACAAUGUCCAUACCUGUGCUGUCAGUUUCUGGAUGUUAGUUAUUGUGAUUGCCACUGCUGCCCAUAGAUUUGUUUCUGAGAAGUGUAUGUUUUGUGAUUUGUCUGUUUUUUGAGAAGUGGGCGUUUUGUGUAAAAUGUUACCGGAAUCCAACCUCCCCAGCAAAAGAGAAAGUCAGGCAUUCACAGUGAAAAGGCUAUAUGAAAUCAUUUUUAGAGAAGUGGAAGAAAAUAAAACCAGCAUGACCUGCUAUGCGACGCAUUCAUUGUACAAAAGCUUGUUGUGCAGUAAGGGCACAGUCAUCACAUUGGCCCCUUUGAGCUGUAUGACAAAGCAAAAAUAUUACAGUAAGAACAACAUCUGAGGCUAGCAGGUGUACUGUUCAAAAGGGUAAAGCUGAGCCAGGAGAGCGCAUUAUUUUUGAGAAAACAAUUGAUGAAGCAAUGUACAGACCAGAUGAAGGAUGUGUAAAUACUUGUACUGAGCCCAACCUGAGGCCUUGUAGUGCGCUGAUCUUGGUUUUACUAUGGGUUUGGCUUACUUUUUAGAAAGGCACAGACUGAGAAUCACUUUGAGCUGUACACACCUGAACGGAAAGUCUCUGCUAAUCUUCCUUUUCCUUUUUGACAUCAUGAAGUUCAGGUCAUGGAGACUUCAUAGGACAUAGUUCACAAAUAAGUAAGGUUAUAGCUGACAGCAUUAAACUCAUUAGUUCACAAUAAUUAAUCCUGAUGUUUGCCAUAAGCUGUUGAUGGGAAAUUGUAUAUGUUCUCUGGUAGUAAUGUGUUUUUUUCUUUGUCAAUUUCAGAAGUUGGUUUUCUUUUGUUCACUCUUUAAAUCACCACUCAUUGUUUGUCAAAGAAGUCUUCUAAAUUGUAGAAAAUAUGUCACUUGUGUACACAAUAUGAAAUGCUGUUGUAGAAGCAUGAUUGAGAUAUGUCUGUUUUGUAAAUUCUCAUUGAGUGGCAUUAGGGCUGUGUACAGAACAUCUCUUUCUCCUGUCACCUACAGUUCCCACAUUGUUUUUGUAAAGCUCAGGGAGAUUAGCCGCCAUCUUUCUCUUGUUUUUUGUAUUUAGACCACUUUUCUCUGUGAUUACAGAGGCUGUAAAUAAACAUUUGAAUUUGCUAUCCAA